AUGCGACUCAUGAGGCACUUGGCGUCACCCGUUCACGGAGGGGGAGGGGGUGGCGGUCGGCCAGGGGUGCACUCGAACCGCAAUUCCUACUCCUCUUCGGAACAAACGCCGAAUUCAACGCUUCAAAGGCGGCGAUCAAAGCGCCAAUCAUUUCACUCUUCGGCAUCCAAUGGCGACAUCGCUAGACAUCAGACAUAUAUCAUCGAUCAAAGCCAUAACAACACCCAAAGCCUACACCGGAACCACUGCUCGACAGUGGCCGCCAACGGCUAUGAGAUACCGGCCGUCUGUGGCAUCAAAAAUCACGGCAACACCUGCUUCAUGACAGCUAUCAUCCAAUGCCUGUGCAAUACGGACCUAUUGGCCGAGUACUUCGUCAUGAACCACUACAGGGUCGACCUCCAGAGCCAUAACAAACUGCACGCCAGAAAGUAUGGCACAAAAGGCGAGCUGACGGAACAGUUGGCGCUGUUGUUGAAGUCGUUGUGGUCGUGUAUGUACUCGAGUGAGAUCUCCAGCAAAUUCAAGACAUUGAUGGCUAAGUACAGCGCCCAAUACGACGGCAGUGACCAACACGACGCCCAGGAGUUCCUGCUAUGGCUUCUCGACAAAUGCCACGAAGACCUCAAUAUCGCCAAUAAAAAGAAGUAUAAGAAGAUUAAAUGUAUUUUGGCGUUUGCUUUGCGCUGA